UUAGGCAAGGAAAGGUUAGGACUCAUUGAAAAGAGGAAUAUUAAGGAAGUUAGAAAAAGUGUGCUUGCAUGACAAUUGAACACUGAGCCUCAUAAGGCAUUUUAGCAUAUAACACGACACUGUCAACGUCACUCUGUGCGCAGUAGUCACGAGAGUAGUACCCUACUGGUAUCAACACUAUAAAGCUAGAUACAAAUCAUGCAUAUUGCAACAGAAGCACCAGGGGGUUACCUUUGCAUUAUAUUAUUUUUGUUGCUCUUUUGCAACGGUACUACGUGCAGUGGUGUUGAUGGAGACAGUUUUGUGGAACAGUGUCCAAAGGAAUGCCGCUGUUAUAGCACGCCCCCAUCCAACCACACAGUUGAUUGCUCAGGGAGGUCCAUCAGAUCCAUACCCCUGGGGAUUCCACGUAAUACAACAGUCUUAGACCUACGAAACAUCGGUCUUUCUGAAAUACCGGCAAAUUCAUUAAGUCAUCUGGAGAAUCAAAAUGUACUUUACCUGGAAGGAGAUGACGUAACAGCAUUCAACGAGAACAGUUUUGUCGGUUUAAAGGCAUUGGGUUAUUUCAAUCUGUUUCCAAUUGAUCCAGGUAAAAAUAUCGACUAUAAUGCCUUCCCUCCAACUUUGUUCCGUGAAUUAACCUCGUUGAAAUCCUUUGGUGAAAUGGGUUCGGGUAAAAAUGUUCAACAAGAUUACAUAGAUCGCACAAUAGCGCUAUUACACAAGUUAGAAGAGUCGUUUUGGUCUCAUUUGUCUCAAGGAAAUGUACUAUUUGGUCCUGGAUAUAGUAAUAUAUCGUCUCUGAAGAGGCUGGUUUUCAAAAUGCAUUCAAGUGCUGUGACACAGUUGCAAAAAGAGGCUUUCUUCUGGUUAAAAAACUGCCCAAUCGAAAAACUUGCUUUUAUUGGCUAUGACAUUAACCGUGCAGAACCAGAUAUGUUGUAUAUUUUUCCACGUUUAAAAGAAUUAUAUCUGGAGUGCAGUUCUUUUCUGUCGUUGCAGAAUGAAGGAGAUUUUAUUUGCGGCUUAGAGAACAACACAUCAAUUGAAACUAUUCGCAUGAAAAAUGUUUUCCUACGUUCUUUCUCACAGUGGAAGAUAUCAGCGACAGCUCUCAUAUGCUUAGAAAAUACAGAUAUCGACUAUAUCUACUUCGACGCCGGUUACGUAGACAAGGAUUUAUUGCAACCCCGCCUGGUCACGUGUACAUUUCAUACGAUGAUGGUGAUGAUCAGUGGGUAGUGAAUGAACUUUUACGUCAUUUAGAAGUGGCGAAAGAGCUUGACGUCAUUAUAGAUCAGAGGGAUUUCAUUGGUGGAGCAUCUCUGGCUGAAGCUAUCGUCGAAGCUGUGGAUAACAGCAGGAAGACAGUUCUUGUUCUAUCAGAAAAUUUCGUGCUAAACCCUUGGUGUGAAUUUGAGUUUGAAAUGUCACUGGCUCGCGGUUACAAUUCGGUGAUACCAGUCAUGUUUCAAACGGUCCCCUUUGAUGUCAUGACAAAAUCGCUUCGGAAAUUCAUAAAGGCAAGAGGUUAUAUAAAAUGGUCCGACAGUCAAGCAGGACAGCGUUUAUUUUGGAAACGUCUCAUGGAUGCUAUUCUCGCCGUCAAUAAUUAACUUGUGCAUGAUGGUGAAGUUGACCACACCGAUUUGCUGUAAUAACCACAUGUUAUAUUUAUAAUUAACAACUUGUGCAGAAAAAUAUCCAAAUAAAAGGAAAAUAACACCUUUGAGGUAGUCUGACAUAUCAU